UAUUUGCUGUACAGAAUCAGUCUUUUGUUGCUCAAAUAUUCUCAUAUGUACUUACUUUUAGCAUUUUAAAAGUGAGAGUUCAUCCUUGACAACAGACAAAAUGUCCUCUUUUCUAGAUCAUACAUGACUGUACAUUGUAACGACUAAAUGAGCAUGUAGGGUAAACGUACACAUUCACAUUGUAUGAUAAGUACGGUAAAAGACCGCAUGCGCACGGGUUUGUGAUCGUAUCUCUACACCCGAAUGUUUAAUGUACAUGACAGAAAUUAUCAGAAAGAUGAAAGAAGGACCCAAACAGAAUGGGCUCCAUAGAAUAUAGAUAGUUUAGAUGGUCUCUGUCAUUAUCUAUCCUUGUGAUAAAACAUAUAUACGCAUAUUCAUGUACAAUUGGUUCGUUAAUGUCUACCAACGGCGAUACACAGAACUAACUGUGUUUGGGGCCCCUUUGUAGGUGUCAUCUUAGAAAUAGAGAAAGACGUUUUUCUCUUUUUGUAUGGUGUCAUUUACCUUGCCCUACAAAACUAGGAGUCCAGGUGAUCCAAAUGUACUAAUUUUAAGGGCACUUACGAGAAAUAUGAUGUUCAAAAGUACAAAUGUAGUGCAGUACACUAUAAGAUGUAAUAAUUACGUUUAUAGCAGAAAUGUUAUGUUCCUUGUUGAGAAUUUGGUACAGCGAACAUGAUUGUGUGACUUUCGGGAGGAAGCUAUAUUUAUUUUCUGGAUCCUGUCAGUACAUUUAUACCAACUGGAUGCACAUUUCUGCAUGACAUGAACUUCAGAAUCCUUUGGUUAGGAGACUGUUAGUUGUCACUAUUUAAUGAUAAGGAAGAUUCAUAUUCUAAUUUGAAUAUCUGAUAAAUUCACUGAUCAAUUCAAUUCAGUUCAUACAUGAUCAUGCACGCAUAUAUUCUAUUUUACAGAUUUCUCUUGUGAGACUUGAGUUUGGAGUUGAAUACUCUAGUAUAAUCUUGAGUUGGAGCAAGAGAGAUAAACUGUGAAGAACCACAAGAUGUUGUGUCCCAAUGAGAGUUGGGUGAGCCUGGAUGACUUUCAGCCUCGCUGUACCUGUCUCUACCCCCACACAACUUGGACCGAUGCAGCCAUCCCCUCCGACACCACUAGGCCCAUCAGCCCCACUAGCCCUACCCCUAGAUCACCCAUGUUUGGUAGUAACAGACCAGACAGCCCCAUCAGCAAGUAUCUAGAAAACCAGGACUCCUUCCUUUAUCCAGAAUGUCCCAGAUUUAAUUCAUAUUUUGACACCAAUGAUCUAACAUCAUUUCUAUCAGUCACUCCAGAUAUCUGGUCUGUCAGCCCAGGUGAUGAGUCUCUCCCAGCCAGCACCAGCUCCAGCCUGACCAGCCUGAGCUCCACCAGUCUUACUGACCCCUUCCCCAGCUCCUCAACCCUUUUCCAGAAUUCGGAGGAGUUCUACAAUGAUCUACUUCCCUCCCCAUCUUCCAGCACCACCUCCUUCAACUAUGGUCCCACACCUAGCAGAUCCCUGGAUUCAGACAUGUCAGGUUUGCCAGAUGACAUCAACCUCUCAGCUACAGUUUACAAAGACAUCUGGUUAUAUAACACCUAUGACCUUUUUCAGGAUGGACCACUUCUGACCUCAAGCUCCAUGUCUCUUCCUGUCAGCCCAGUGAGCAGCUUCACCAACCUGAGUGAGUGCAAUGUGUCCUGCAGUCUGACCAGCCUGUGCCACCAAGCAGUGUCACUUCCAGUCCCCAGCAGGAGACCUGGACCCCUGAACAAGAUGGUGGAUAGGAAGAGAAAGAGAGAUGAGGAUGAUGAGGUGGAGGCCAAGGUUUGUAAGAGGGCCAGGCUAUAA